UCUAUAUAAAAGACUUGCGAACGCCGACGUGCGAGUUUUGUCGAAAGUAGUUUGCUGCUCGGCAAGCAGCACCUUUGUUUUGUCUCUAGCUCGUCGCCGGCCAGAUGAAGUUACCCUCCGCGGCCGCCGCAACCCUCUGCACCCUGCUGCUUGUCCAAAAUGUGAACUGCCUUAAAGAAAAGGAUGAAGAUGAUCCGGGCUAUUUUGGCAAGCCGUUGGGCAAGCUGAGCGAGCACCAUCAUGCGGUCAAGGGUUUCGUGUACGCCAUUGACUCAAGGACACUGCACAUCAGACACUUCACGUACGACGGAGAGGGACCAGGCGCCUACUUCUACGCUGGAAACUCCAAGUCACCUAGUUCUUCCGGAUUCCGGCUCAGGGACGAAAGGGGCAGUCCCAAGGUGUUGAGAAAGUACAACGACGAGCACAUCACUUUGUCCCUACCCGAGGGCAAAACCUUGAACAGCAUCAAGUGGUUCUCGGUCUGGUGCGAGGAUUUCUCGGUCAACUUCGGAGACGUGAAGAUCCCCAAGGGCUUCGAGUACCCAAAGCCGCAGAAAUUGGGGUCGCUCUCUGGAAUUCAUCAUGUUUCGUCUGACCCCGUGGUUAUUGUCGACGCCCAAACCUUCCUUGUUCCAAACUUUUCAUACGACGGUGAAGCUCCAGACGCGAAAUUCUGGGUCGGAAGUGGUGAAACUCCCACCCCCCAGGGCAUCAAGGUGGCCGACGAAAACGGCAGUUUCGACCCUCUCAAGAAAUACGACAGCAAAACCUUGGUCAUCACCCUUCCAGGCACGCUGACUGUUCACGAAAUAGGUCACUUUGGCGUGUGGUGCGAGGCGUUCGCGGUCGACUUUGGCCACGUGAAGGUUCCCCCAUACGCACUCGUGCCACCCUCCCUGCGGAUGCUCAACGUCUCGCCUCAGUCGCGGCUGAAUUGCGAAGUUCUUCACGAUUCGUCGGAAUUCGAGGUGCGCUGGGCCCUCGCCGGAGAGAGCGCAGUUAUUCAACUUGUCGGAAAAAUUGGUGAGCAUGUUAAUUUCAUAAGAUUCGACUCAAUCGGAUCUCAACGUUCCGCAGACUCUGGAGACUACAUGGCAUUUGGUUUAUCUGGAGACGUCUCCAAAACGAAAAUGAUUGGCGGAGAUGCAGUAGUGGCUUGGAUUGACCCUGAGGACAAUCAAGGCUACGCAGUGGACUACUACCUAGAGGGAAAAUCUCAAUGUGCCGGCAGCAGAGGCAGUUGUCCUGACAACAACCUCAGGGACGAAACCGCAAGCGUCAGGUUGCUGAACUCAGCCAUGGUCAACGGAUACACUAUAGUGACUUAUCAGAGAGCACUCCAAGGAUCCGACGAGUUUGACAAACCUAUCUUUAACAACGGAACGGAGCAAGCGGUCAUCUGGGGAAUAGGGCCUCUGAACUCAAAAAAAGAAGUUUCUUUCCACUCCAUCUACCCUAAAGGCAACGUUAAGCUCAACUUCAACCGCUACCCUGAAUGGAACUGCCAAAAACCCGAGGAGGGCAGCACUCCUUCCUCAGCUCUGACCGACCUGGAGAAGGAAAUGAGUGUUUCAGCUGCUACUCCUAAGCCCGUAGAAGUACCCAAAGACGCUUGGUCUAUUCCCCCUAUUCCCUGUUAUGAACCUGAAGACGGUGUCUUCUACGCUCAAAUGGGACCCACUGGCGGGAAAAGAGGAUAUUCAGCAAUUACAGGCCACGUCGGUUGGGGAAUCUCCUGGUUCAUAAACGGCCUGCUCAUCCCUGAAAUUAACGUGGUUAGAGGAAAGAGCUACACAUUUGUGGUUGAAGGCGGAGACAAUAUCGAUAUUCCUGCUAGAUACCAUCCCUUCUAUAUCACCGACGACGCUGUCGGUGGCUAUGAGCACAAGACUUCUGAAGAAAAAAAGGCUAUAAAAGUUUUCGCUGGCGUUAAAUUCGACAAGAGGGGUAGAGCAACUCCUACCGGCACUGGUCGCUUUUGCAACUGGACGCCCAGCCCUGACCACGCGGCGGACGACAGCCCCUCUUUUGGAGCUUACCAACAAACACUCAAGCUGGAGUGUGACGAAGGCGAGCCAGGCAUUCUGCAGUGGACGCCCGACAACAACACGCCUGAUACUGUUUACUAUCAGUGUUACACUCACCGGUAUUUGGGCUGGAAAAUAAACGUCCAUGACAGCUGCGACCAGCAGCCGGCACGAUCUGACGCCGCCGCUGAAGACCCGAUUGACAGGAAGGGAACCGCGGAGGAGGAGCCAGAAGAGGCUGCCAGCGUCAACGUAGAGACUAGGGUUAAAGUUCCUUACGGUGAGAAGGUGGCCGUCGUGCCAGACGCCGUCCUGUCCGCGUCACACGAUUUGCUGCCACCGUCUGCUGCCCAAGUGUCCUACGUGAGCAGCCUGACUUCCAGAAGAGACGAAGAAGUCGUUGUGGCCAAUAAGGACGAGCCAGAGUCCAAGGAGCACCCGCAGUUCGAAAGUCCCAAGUACACUGAGACCUUGGAGCCCAUGUUUGUCGCUUCACCAGUGGACAGGAACUUCAAGGACACGUCCAGGCUCUCUAACUUCCCCUCCAGCUUUAACAAGGGUAAGCACUUUGUGCGGAGACAGCACUCUCCGCCGCAGCAGAGACUGCGCUAUCCGCACGUCACCCAAAAGCGGGCGCAUUAUUUCCGACGCCCGCAGCAUCUGCAGUAUUGAAUCGACGGACUUUUUUGAGAAAUCCUUUUAGUCAGAAAGUGUUAACCCCCCAAACGAAACGAUCGACCGAAGCAUUAUUACCUGACUCGAGAUUAUUAACUGUUUAAGUGGUUUUUGAAUUUGUUUCAAACUGCACGUGAUCUUUUUGUGUUUGUGUAUAUCAAACUAGAAAUAAAUUUCUUCUAUUGA